UUCACCCCUCCCUCCCAACACCAUCAUUACUUUCAGUUUCUCUGACUCUGACUCCGACUCCAACUCUAACUCUGAUGAUGAAUCACGAUCGUUUUCUUCUACCCAGAACCAGCAGCUGCAAGAGCACCACCGCAAUAAUCCCAUCAAAUUACAUCUCUUCCACCUCCUUCAUUAUUGAUCCGCCCUCCGUCAACGACGACAAACCCCUUGUGAUCGGAAGAAGGUCUUCGGUAGACUAUGGAGGCUGUUUACCAAGAUUCGGUAUCUCCAUAUUUCUCCGGUCGAUUCUCAACAUUGUAUCAAUCCCUUCAAUCCUUCCCUCUUGCCGGUGGCUUAACUUACCGACACAACUCUCACUAACGCCAUCGCCAGGCCGGAAAGUCACCGGCACAUUAUUUGGAAACCGGAGAGGACACGUCAGCUUUGCGGUGCAGUAUGAUAUGAGAUCAGAACCAAUAUUUGUGGUGGAGCUGGCGGUGUCAACGGCAGCUCUUGUGAGGGAAAUGUCGUCUGGCUUAGUUAGGAUCGCGCUAGAGUGCGAGAAACAGAAUAAACGAUCGGCGGCGGCGCGUGGAGGAGGUGGGAACGCGAAGCUUUUUCACGAGCCGACGUGGAGCAUGUAUUGUAACGGGAGGAAGUGCGGGUACGCGCAGUCGCGGGCGUGCUCGAAGUCCGACUGGUUUGUUCUGAGUACGGUGCAAAGCAUUUCGGUGGGUGCUGGUGUUAUUCCGGUGGUGGAGGACGGUGGCAAAAAAAACAGCGAAGGGGAGCUACUGUACAUGAGAGCGAGAUUUGAGCGAGUUGUGGGGAGUCGUGACUCGGAAGCAUUUUAUAUGAUGAACCCGGACGGCAGUGGAGGGCCUGAACUCAGUAUCUUUCUACUCAGAAUAUAAUAUAAUAUAUAGAUUACAUCACAGUUUUAAAGUUACAAACUAAUCAUUGUUUUUUGUUAAAAAAACAUGAAAGUAUAUGAAAGUAGUGUCUUUUACAGCGGAGUUUAUUCUCGUAAUAUUGUUUAAAACUUUGUAUUAAUUAAUAUUUUCGUGUGAUGGUUUUUAAGCA